GUUGAGGCUGCCCAACGACCUUGUUUGUCGCUCCGAUGCUGUCUAUGCAACAGUCUGCCAUUGUUAACCGAUCCUAGGGAAAACACAACUUUGGAACGCUCUCUGGCAAUCAUUUGAGCAGGAAUUUAAGUCAGAUAUCUGCAUGAUUCAGAGGUGUGGUGAUGAGGUAAAGGAAGAGAUAUUCCUUGCCAAGGCACAGGCCGAUCUCCAGGACCAGGAGCUCCAGAGAAAGGAAAGAGAAGCCGCGUCUGGACACAGACGGAAGUUCAGAGACAUAAUGUCUCGGACGGGAAAAAGCCUUGAUACCAUCAAGGAAUGGCAGCUGCAACAAGACAAGCGAGAACGAAAGCGCCAGCUGCUCGAUUCAUUAUCUUCAUAUGACUAUCUCCCGCCAUUCAAGCGUGCUUGUAAAGAGCGCCACUGCAAUACAGCACAGUGGAUAUUUGAGACGGCCGAGUUCCGUGGAUGGAAGGACGGCAUAUCCCCUUGGAUCUGGUGUUCGGGGAAAAUCGGAUCUGGCAAGACGAUUCUCCUUGCGAGUGCGGUCAGCCACGCCUUUGCGUACAAGAGCGGGACUAGUGAAGUUGUCACCUUCUUUUUCCCUCAAUACAAUGACCCACAGUCCUUAUGCGCGGAAACCGUCAUACGAUCAAUCAUCAGGCAGUCGCUCGACCCAGUGACACUCUCUGAGGAAAUGGAAGCCAGUUUGGUGGAAAUGGAUCAGAAACCAUCCACCGGGGUCGGUGAAUUGACGGUCCUUCUCCGACAAAAACUCGCCCAUUCGGAAAAAUUCUUCAUCUUCAUCGACGCCUUGGAUGAUUUUGAACCUAGAGAACGACGCGCCCUUCUUGACUUGCUCGCGUCCCUGGGCUCGAGUGAGACAGGCCUGAGGGUAUUCCUCGCAGGGCGUGAGAGCCUGCGUGGGGAACUUGAAGACAAACUUCCCGGUAUAGAGCGUCUGUCGACGGCAUCAGCGGACGCAAAGUCCGAUAUUGCUCUCUAUGUUAAAGAGGCACUUCAAGAAAGGAUCGAGAACCGAGACCUCGUUGUUGGAGAUCAGUCUCUCAUCUUGGACGUAAAGCAAGCUUUAACCGAGCAUGCAGACGGAAUGUACGUUGACAGUACCUCCUCUCCGUAUCUUUUACUAACGAGGAAGGUUUCUUUGGGUCGCUUUCUUGAUCGACGAACUCUGUGCCCAACAUUGUGACGACGACGUCCGCAACGCUCUCGGCUGUCUUCCGAGGACCCUAGCAGAGACAUUCAGCCGAGCUCUUUUACGGAUAGUCUCCCAACGAAAUACUUCGGUCGCAGUGAAAACUUUUUCUUGGGUCGCCAUCGCAAAACGACCACUAACACUGGAUGAGCUCCGUGAGGCCAUAUCCAUAGAGAUUGGCCAACCGUACUCACUGCCUGAGCGACUCGUCAACGGCGUUGAU